GCAUCAGACACCUGAACAGCAGGUCAGCUGCUCUCACCUGCUGCUUCACAUCACUGAGCGAACCAGCAUCAUGAAACCAGCCUUCCUCCUCCUCGUCUUCCUCUGGGUGGCGGCCGUCGCUCAGGGAACGAUAACGGCGGAGGAUCAAAACGGAGAGUCUCUGAGCGUCACCGACAUCAUCUCAAAAGUCAACGAAAACCUAACGUCGCCUCUGCUGCACGACGACAUCAUGAUGCCUUCGACCAGGAAUGCGGUUCCAUGCACAUCCAGAGGCUGCAAGUGGAGAAAAUACGGACGCUACGUCUACAUUCCCAUUUAUAUCUCCUCCUCAUACAGCCGGGCCCAGCGCAGCUUCAUCAUCAGAGCCCUGCUGACCUUCCACAGAACCACCUGCAUCCGCUUCGUGUGGAGGAGGAGACAUUACAGCUACCUCUACUUCUUCUCUGGAAGCGGGUGCUGGUCCUACAUGGGCCGUCAGGGCGGACGGCAGCUCGUGUCCCUGAGGAGGAACGGCUGUUUGUACACAGGAACCAUCCAGCACGAGGUUCUUCACGCUCUCGGCUUCGCCCACGAGCAGGUCCGGUCCGACAGGGACCGAUACGUCCGGAUCCUCUAUCAGAACAUCCAGUCAGGUAAACAACACAACUUCCGCAGGCUGCAGACCAACAACCUGUGGACUCGCUACGACUACAACUCCGUCAUGCAUUACAGCAAGUACGCUUUCUCUAAGAACGGCCAGCCCACCAUCGUCGCCAGGUCCAAUCCCAACCUGAACUUUGGCCGAGCAACCUACAUGAGCUACAACGACGUCCAGCGCGUCAAGCGGCUUUACAGAUGCUAUUGAUGACAGCGAGAAAAAGAGUCGACCUGCGGAUGCUUGGACCUGCAGCUCAUCAGGAUGAAGACCUGGUUCUGUUCCAAAAUCCCCUCAGAGCGACAGAAAAUGUGCUGUGUGUUUGUUUAUACUGUCUGUGAUGUAGAGAUGCAAAGUUCAGCCUCAUUUCCAGGUCAGCUCCUGUUGAAUUUGGUGUACUUUUGGUUGAACGUGAUUUUUGUUUUUGACCUGACGUCAUUAUCUGCAAAUCAACAUGUGAGUUUUUUUUAAGGAGCUUCCUUGAGAAGGAGGCAGAACUUUUUGUCUUUGUUAAAAACAAAAAAAAACUGCAGUCACACCUGAUGGUGCAGCGUCUGUUUCUGCAGAGGUCAGACUGCAUUUUGAUUAGACAACAUUUUUUUCAAUGUCAUAGUUAGAUCUUAUUAAUUACUUUACUGAUUUGAUGAUUACUUUUGUUAUCUUUCAUUUUCAUUUAGGAUAUUUUGCAAUUUCUGAUAUAUGAUCAAUGAGUUUGCGUUCAUUUCUUUAUGAACUGAAACAUUUGCUCAAUAAAAUUCUACAUUUUCACCUAAA